GGGGACGCCUUCCCAGGCGCAGUCCGCUGAUGCUGCAGAGGCUGCAGCAAACUCAGGCCACUCUGCUUUGGUUGCUGAUUUGAGUUUGAAAAAGGCAGCGGCGGGAUGUCCUACAGAGCAGCUCCGCAUUCUUCCUACAAGAAGAUGUUCGGCGGGGAGCGAACCGGGGUCAGGAGCAGCUACUCCAGCCGCCAGUUCUCCAGCCCGCAGCGCUCUUCUCGGGUGUCCUUCGGGCUCUCGUCCGCCCCGACCAUUUACGCGGCCAAGACCCAGAGGCUCAGGAGCAGCGCAGCCAUGCCCCGGCUGGCCUCCGAGAGCCUGGACUUCUCCCUGUCCGACGCCAUCAACAGCGAAUUCUUAACGAACCGCACUAAUGAAAAGGCGCAGAUGCAGUCGCUCAACGACCGCUUCGCCAGCUACAUCGAGAAGGUGCGCUUCUUGGAGCAGCAGAACAAGAUCCUGCUGGCCGAGUUGGAGCAGCUGCGGGGCAAAGGUACGUCCCGGGUGGGGGAUCUGUACGAGGACGAGAUGCGGGAGCUGAGGCGCCAGGUGGAUCAGCUCAGCAACGAGAAGGCUCGGGUGGAGGUGCACCGGGACAACCUGGCAGACGACACCGAGAGGCUGAGAGAGAAGUUGCAGGAUGAAAUUUCCCAGCGGGAGGAGGCAGAAGCCAAUAUGCAGAGCUUUAGACAGGAUGUGGACAAUGCUGCCCUUGCCAGACUGGACCUGGAGCGGAAGGUUGAGUCGCUCCAGGAGGAAAUUAACUUCCUCAAGAAGCUGCAUGAUGAGGAAAUGCUGGAGCUGCAGAACCAAAUCCAGCAGCAGCAACACGUGCAGGUCGACAUGGAGGUGGCCAAGCCUGACCUGACAGCAGCUCUGAGGGACGUCCGUCUGCAGUAUGAGAACCUGGCCUCUAAAAACAUCCAGGAGUCAGAAGAUUGGUACAAAUCCAAGUUUGCUGACCUCACUGAAGCUGCAGCCCGGAAUAAUGAAGCUCUGAGAUUAGUCAAGCAGGAGGCCAAUGACUACAGGCGUCAAGUUCAGGUGCUAACUUGUGAGGUGGAUGCCCUCAAAGGAACUAAUGAGUCCUUGGAGCGCCAGAUGAGGGAGAUUGAAGAGAACUUUGGCCAGGAGAACAGUGGCUACCAAGACACCAUCAGCCGCCUGGAGGAGGACAUUCACAACAUGAAGGAUGAGAUGGCCCGUCACCUCCGAGAGUACCAGGACCUUCUGAAUGUGAAGAUGGCCUUGGACAUUGAGAUUGCCACCUAUCGAAAACUGCUGGAAGGAGAGGAGAGCCGGAUCUCCACCCCCCUGCCAAACUUCUCCUCUCUAAAUCUGAGAGAAGCAUUUGUUGAUUCCAGACCUCAUGUUGAAACCUCAACAACGAAGAAAGUUCUUAUCAAGACUAUUGAGACCAGGGAUGGUCAGGUGAUCAAUGAGUUAACCCAGAAUCACGAGGACAUGGACUAAUAGCUUCUUUGUCCAUGUCAAACAAGCAGCACAAGCAAUAAGAAGAAAAACAUUUCACUGGGGCUACAAGCAAGAAGAUGAAUCUACAACACACAAACAGAAAACAGCUUUGAAAAGUGCCUUUAUCUGUGAAGAUCCAGUGAGCUCGUUUUAGUUGACAGACUGUUAUGCUUUUCUCUUUGGCUCAGAGUGCUUAGUCACAUUUGUCUUGACACAAUUAUGAUUAGCACACAUUUAGCAUCUAGCAGUUUUUUCUGAGGUCUACAACCUUUGUAACCAAAGUAGUGUUUGAUCAAUAAAGCAUGAACCACAACAAAUCUGUAUGCUGAAGAAGUCACAGUAACCUGUUUGUAGCAAUAAACUAUGAAGACUGUAACUCA